GAAACAAACGGGCGGUCACAGAGGAGAGCGAGCUGAGCUCACAAUCCGGCCAUUAUCCCAGGCGCCGCAGCAUGGAAAAGGAGAAGCCUAAGGAAGAGGAGGCGCCUGGAGGAGAAGAGGGCGGCCCCGGCCAUCCGCCCCGCCUCCCGCCCCGCCUGGACCAUCACCACCACCCCCACCUCCUCUUCCUCCAGGGCCAGGGCUCCCUCUGCAGCCCGACCAAAACGAACGCCUGGCGCAAGGAGCAGAAACAGCCCCCUCUGGCGGCAGAAGGCGGCACUGCCAGGCUCGGGGAAGGCUGCCAGGAGGGGAAGGCUGCCAAGGGCAAUGGGCUGCCCCUGAGGGCCCAGGAGGAGCUCUCCCUCGGCAGGAAGAAAAGGGGGGAGCACAGAGGGAUCCAGAACCGGAGAGGAGGGAAGGAGGAGGCCAGAGAAGCCAGAGCCCAAGAGCCUGAGGAGGUCAAGAAGGAGGAAAAAGAGGAGGAGGAGGAGGAGGAGGAAGGCAGGGUGAAGGAGGAGCACUGUGAUGCCAAGGACAUCAAAAUGGAGCUGGAGGAGGACUGUGAGGAAGAGGAGGAGGUGGAGGUGGUCUCCAACAAGCCUCAGCCCCCCUCCAAUGGCCCAGCUGCCCUCAGCAAAGAGGCCCCUCUGACCCAGCCUCUGCAUGCUCCUCCUCCGCCUCAGGAGCUGAAGAUCCCCCUGGCCCUCCACCCGGUCCCUCCAGGGGCCAGGAUCCAGUUCCAGGGGCCUCCUCCCUCCGAGCUGAUAAGAGUCACCAAAGUGGCACAGGUGCCCCUCAAAAUGCAGUCCUUGCUGGAGCCCUCUGUGAAAAUCGAGACCAAAGACGUGCCUCUCACAGUGCUGCCCUCAGACGCAGGCAUACCAGAUACUCCAUUUAGCAAAGACAGAGAUGGUCAUGUCAAGCGUCCUAUGAAUGCAUUCAUGGUUUGGGCAAGAAUUCACCGGCCAGCUUUAGCCAAAGCUAACCCUGCUGCUAAUAAUGCAGAGAUCAGUGUUCAGCUUGGACUGGAGUGGAAUAAACUCACAGAAGAACAGAAGAAACCUUAUUAUGAUGAAGCUCAGAAGAUUAAAGAAAAACACAGAGAAGAAUUUCCUGGCUGGGUUUACCAACCACGUCCAGGCAAAAGGAAAAGGUUCCCUUUGACAGUAUCCACUGUAUUCUCUGGCACUACUCAGAAUAUCAUUGCUAGUAGUCCAAUGACAGCCUCUUCUGUCUUCACUGGAACAUCUCAGAAUAUUAUUACUACAAAUCCAACUACCAUUUACCCUUUCCGAUCACCCACCUACUCUGUGGUCAUACCCAACGUACAGAACAGCAUUGGACACCCAGUCUGUGAAGCCCCUUCUACUAUCCAGUUGCCAGCUCCUACUGCUCAGCAUCCAGGCCCUAUUACGCUGUUCCAACCAAAUGUGGGAAGCACACCACCUCUGGCUGCCCCAACUGGAAACCUUCCUAUUCGUCCAGUGCUUCAGUCUCCACGUUUUGCUACACCCUCACCAACGGAAGCUCACCGUGUGUCUUCAGGAACCAAUUGCUCUAUAAAGAGACCUAUCCAAGUUUCCAUAGAGAGUGCAAGCAGGAACCUGAACAGUACUAGCACCACACAUUCCAGAUACAGUCUAUCAAAUAGUCAGCCCCCUAAGGAGUACUCAGGUGUUUCUUCUUGUUCUAGAAAUGGACCCAUUCCUCAAGCACCCCCCAUUCCACAUCCCCAUGUCUAUCAGCCUCCUCCCAUUGGUCAUCCAGCUACUCUGUUUGGAGCUCCUCCUCGAUUCUCGUUUCAUCACCCUUACUUUUUACCUGGACCCCAUUAUUUCCCUUCAAGCACAUGUCCAUACAGCCGCCCUCCAUUUGGCUAUGGGAACUUCCCCAGCUCCAUGCCUGAGUGCCUAGGCUUCUAUGAAGACCAAUAUCAAAAGCAUGAGGCAAUGUUUUCGGCUCUGAACAGAGACUAUCCUUUUAGAGAAUACCCUGAUGAGCACACGCACAGUGAAGACUCUCGUAGCUGUGAGAGCUUGGAAGGGACAUCCUAUUACAGCAGUCAUAGUCAAACUGAAGAAGAAUAUUUAAAUCCAAUGCCACAACUGGACAUUGGGGCCCUUGAGAAUGUUUUUACUGCAACCCCAUCCACACCCUCCAGUGUACAGCAAGUAAAUGUGACAGAUAGCGAUGAUGAGGAAGAAGGGAAGGUUUUGAGAGAUCUGUAAUUUUUUAAAAAACAAAUGACCGUAUCUAGCAUACUUUUUUAAAAAAACAUAAAAUAAACAUGUUGGUCAUAUAACAUCAUUUUAGUGAGUGUGGUUAAGAAGAUGAAAAAAUUCUAGUUUUUAUGACAUGGGAGAUUUUCCAGUAUAAUGCAUUGUUGUAGGAACUAUAUGUUACUUAUUACACUUUAUUUAAGGAGUCAAGGCAGCUUGUAUGAUUGUGCAGUUUGUUUCAUGUUUCAAGUAACAUUUCCAGGGCCAAUAUUACUGAUGCACCUGUAAUACUGUACUGAUCAAACAUAGCUGAUCAACCUGCACUGCAAAUUCAGUUUUGCAAGAUUGCACAGAAAUGUUACAAUUUAUAAAGACAGCAUAUAUGCAACAUACAUGGUGCCAGCAUGAUACCAGACACAAUAGAAACAUUCAUAAAUUACACACUAGCUUUCCCUAAACCUAGUCUUGUAAAAAUAGUCAUCAACGGCAUUAGGAUUACAUACCAUUUAUGAUGGACAGACUUCACUUUCCUAACUAAAGAAGAUUCAGCUGAAUACUAGGUGAUAUGGUGGGAUUUUCUUUUUAAUCUAGUUAUUUUUUUAGUAAUUAAAUUAUUCUGUUUGCAUAUCUUCCCUAUAGUGCAAACACACACAUUCUUCAGAAGGGAAAGUUUUCAGAUUUUAAAAUUUGGCCUUUGCUUUAUUUUUAUUUUUUUUGAAAAAAUAAAGUAUAGUUGUUUCAGAAUUCAGUUUAUAUUUAUGCUGAAAACCGUUAUUUAAUGUUUACAGAACCAUUUUAUGGUUUUCCUGUGCAAGAGGACUGCAUAUUUCAAACCCAUAUAAAUGGGACUGUUAAAUGUUUGUAAGAAUAAGUAAGAUUGAAUCUAGCUGUAUGUUGUAUACAAGUAUGCUAUGAUUCUGUAUCAGAGUAUGAUCCAACAGUAAUAUCUGAAACAUACAUUUUAAAUGUAGUGUUUGAAAAAACAGUUGUAAAAGAUUAAAUAUUCCUAAACUAUUUGUUCAUGUUAUAAAACAUUUACUUUGAUUUUCACAUUUUUCUGUUUUGUUUUUUUUAAAAAGAAGGGAAGGCUUC